GCUGCGUCAACCUUGAGCCGGUGAGAUUUGAACCGCUGACCUGCUGAACACAGUCAGCUAAAGUGGCCUGCAGUACUGCACUCUAACUGCUGCGCCACCUCGGCUCAUACAUGCAAUGUAUUCCUGCCUAAAUCUACUACGCAGGAAAAGAUAUAUUAUUUUCCAUUUGUACAGCUCUUAUGAAUUAGUAUCUUAUGAAUUAGUAAAGCUUUGGAUCAUUUACAGGUGUUUCAGAGUCAGUAUAUAUUUUGUCCUAAUUUGGCCUGUGCGAGAAGAUAAUGCAUGGUCUGAACUAUACCAACCAUAAAGAGGAGUUUGCAGAAACCUGAGGCUCAUGCAUGUAGCUGUGGUUUGUUAUGGUACCUGAAUUAAUUUUUGGCUGGUGGGGAGUGGCGAUGAGAGAGAAAAAUCACUACCAAUGAUUUACUGUUGCUUUCUCUGCUUGGUCAAUAUUUUGGAAUGGCAAAUCCUGCAACACUUGCUGUGUAUAUCUUGAAAUCCUUGCAAAUUUCUUGGAAGCACGCUUUUUUUUUUAGCAUUAUCCCCACCAAAAAUCUUAAAUAGGCAAAUCUUUUUCAUGCCUAUUUAUGUACUGAGUCUUUUGUACUGAAUCACAUUAUUGCCAGAGCCAGAGCAUCAUAUAAAACGAUGAUCUUAGCUAAGGUAUUAAUAUUAACCUCUCUGCUCAUUCAAGAAUAGUGAUGCCAAAUGGAUGAAGUGGCACAUUUCCCCAUAAUUUUGUGACUUUUUCAUUUGGAAUCUUUUGAAAAAUAUUUUUUGCAAUUGUAUCUAGUAUGUUAACACUUUGAGUAUACUUAACAGAUAGUGUAAGGAUUGACUUUCUACUAUUAUGUUUAAUAACAGGAUCUAAUACAUGCUUAUAUAAAACAGAGCAAGGAUUUACUAGCUAGAAGUGGGAGGAAGUCUUUUAUAAUUUCAACAUGGAAGCUGGUGCCUGCUUUGAAGUUUUAGCUCAAAUAUACUUCUUUUUAAAAAUUGUGACUGUUUUUCCCCUCCUUAGCAAGAUGUUGCCUACCACAUCAAUUAAUCCCCGAGAUCAGGGCAAUGGAUCUUUAAAUACUAGAGCAUCAGCAAGACACACAGCUGGGGCAAAGCGCUAUAAAUACUUGAGGAGACUCCUUCAUUUUCGUCACAUGGACUUUGAGUUUGCUUUGUGGCAGAUGUUGUAUCUAUUCACUUCACCACAGAAGGUGUACAGAAAUUUUCAGUAUAGGAAACAAACAAAAGACCAAUGGGCCAGAGAUGACCCUGCUUUCCUUGUGUUGCUGAGUAUCUGGCUGUGUGUAUCCACUAUAGGAUUUGGCUUUGUGUUAGGCUUGGGAUUUGUUGAAAUGAUAAAGCUGCUGCUGUGGGUCGUGUUUAUAGAUUGUGUAGGAGUUGGCCUUCUAAUUGCAACUUUAAUGUGGUUUAUCUCCAAUAAAUUUUUGCUAAAGCAUCAGAACAGGGACUAUGAUGUAGAGUGGGGAUAUGCCUUUGAUGUUCAUUUGAAUGCUUUCUACCCACUUCUUGUUAUUCUGCAUUUUAUCCAGUUGUUUUUCAUUCACUAUGUAAUUUUAUCAGCAUCAUCUCUUGGCUAUUUUGUUGGAAAUACUUUCUGGCUGGUUGCAAUUAGUUAUUACAUCUAUGUGACAUUUCUGGGGUACAGUGCUCUGCUCCCUUUCAGCACUGCCAUUCCUGAAGAACACGGUGGUCCUUCUAUAUCCAUUUGCACUUCUCAUUUUGCUGUACGUCGUCUCCUUAGCCAUUGGAUGGAACUUUACAAAAGCACUUUGCGUUUUCUACACAUAUAGAGUGAAAUAAACAGGUCUCCAAUAAAUGACACAUUGUACAAAUGUCAAACCUGGUGAAAUGAAGGUACUCUUGUAUAUUCCUGUAAAUAACUUAUUCCCUAAUAUAGAUCAGUGUAUACAAAAUGUUUGGUUUUUUUUAAAGUACUGACAGCUUUCUGACAAUAAGCCUUCUAUAUCCCUCCUUUGUGGAAGAGUUGUACAUUUCUGUAAUAAAGAUUCUUUUUAAAAAUCAA